GGCUGGCAGGAGGCAGGAUCAGUUGUAAAGAGUGAGUGAGUCAGCGAGGAGGUCUUACAGCGUGCUCGAACAAGCCUCCUGCAGUUGUUGCGUGCAGCGGAUUCCUUUUCUCUUCCACAACGCCGGUUACCAUAGCAAUCGCUGGACGCUACUCGUCCGUUCCAAUGGACAACAACAACCAAGGCAUGAACAACAACCCUCCGACCAUCAAAGUGGACCCGAUGUACUACGAGCAGCAGCAGCAUCAACAUCUCGAGUACCAGCCGCAGCAGCAAGAGCAGGUGAACCGACUGAAGCGGCCCCUGACCCUCGACCUGGGCAAGUCGCCCUUAUUCAAAAAGAGCAGGCUGGGACACCAGACGGUGCUGUCGUCGCCGGACCUUAAAUUGCUGAAGCUGGCCACGCCGGAGCUGGAGAAUAUGAUCAUGCAGAACCAGAACGGCUCCCUGACCACACCCACGCCGUCUCUGUUGUUCCCGCGCACGGCCACCGAGGAACAGGAGUUGUACGCCAGGGGCUUCGAGGUCGCCCUCAACCACCUGCACAACAGCGACUCUUCCAGCCAACUGGACGGCCCUCAGGGCCCGGAGACGCCCGUCACUUACACUACCCUGGAGUCGCACCCUCAGCACCACCAGCAGAGCAUCUCGCCGCCAAACAACAUCCUUCAAGGGAUGGAUCAUGGCGGUUACUUGGCGUCAAGCUGCAGCGGCAGCACAUCGAGCGGUGCCUCGUCGCCGGUGAGCAGCCACUACGGGGCCAGCAUGUCGCCGGCCAACACUCUGCACGGCCAUAUCCGCAUCAAGGAGGAGCCGCUGUCUCUGAGUGGCAACACGCCACCCAUGUCGCCCAUCGACAUGGACAACCAAGUGCACCUGAAGUUGGAGCGAAAGCGGCAGCGCAACCGCAUCGCCGCCUCCAAGUGCCGCAAGAGGAAGCUGGAGCGCAUCACCAAGCUCCAGGUCAAGGUGGACCAUCUCAAGGGCGAGAACUCGGAGCUCAGCAUCGUCAUCAACAGGCUGAAGGAGCACGUCUGCAAGCUCAAGGAGCAGGUGAUGGAGCAUGUCAAGAGCGGCUGCCAGAUCUCGCCGGUCGCCUCGCUCAACUUCUGACUGCCGCCCCCGACCCCCGCCAAAGUGGUCACCGCGAUGCUAGUUUUCCUUUAGUUUGUUUCCUGGGAUCGAGGAACAACUUUUCGCCAGACAGUGCGGCGAGCAGUAUUUUUAUUCCUGACACCGCCUGACUCGAACCACACGCCCCUCUGACAAGUGGGCAGUGUUCGCAAAAUGCCG